AUGUCAAUAGCCGCUGCUGCACAGAAUAGUAAAUCAUCACGCUAUGAAGAUAUUUGGACAGAAGACGUCCAUACUGCAUUUAUGGAAGCGGUUGCUAUAUACCCUCCUAUGGGAAAACGUCGUCUCAAGUACUAUCAGUUGCCGAAAGAAGCCGUAAAUUCUGAGGACAUAGACUCCAUACCUUCACGCAUCAAGUCAUUCGGUCGUUGUCAGCUUAUUCAAUCAUAUAUCCUACACAAAACGGGGAAAAACCGCACCCGAAAACAGGUUUCCAGCCACUUGCAAAGGUUAAAGAAAAUCCACAGAGGCGACUCCACUAGUUUGUCAUAUUCUGAUACCGCUGCUUCCGUCGUUAAUGAUUGCGUCAUAGUGAGAACUUUAUUAUCAGAACUACCUCGGUCUCCCUCAACAUUUACGCUGUCUAAUGUUAGUGGAUCGGACGACUUGGAGCAACCUCUCCAUAAUGGUCCUCCUUUUAAUCCCAAUUUCUUUAGCUCCUGUGACUAUCAACCACCCGACUUCUUGUUGGAUGAAGAGCAUACCCGUCGCCAUGCAUCGGCUCCCUGUUCACCACUGGCCUCAGCUAAUCGCCCGCCGAAUCACCAAGCUACUCCUGGUUCUGAAAAAUCAACAGAGAACGAAUAUCCUGGUUACAGGUAUCACGCCUUACAGCCUAUAGACCUGGAGGAUCCUCAAAGCUAUCCACCUUACCAUCUGGAGCUAAGUACAACCUACCCGUCCAUGUCCAUGCGUCGGUUGGCUUCUAAUAUUCCAGUGUCACAUGAUCAAUUAGAGCCCCCUCGGUCUGCUUUUCCUUUCCAAAUGUUCUGCACAGGUGAUCCGCAAACCCAGUACAACCCCUUACACCAUGACAGCUCUGGUUUUACGAUGGUAGGACUCCCUUGUAGUGAUCUGCUGACUCCCGUCGAGCAAUUACUACCUAUCCCUCUACAACCUCCUCAAGCUUUCCGGCAGGAAAAAAAGAGAAACCCACAAGAAACAUCGGGCUUCCGAUGGACUUGGUCUUCAUCUUCUCCUCACAAUCUUUCAGUCCCACCUUCCAGCCAUCAAAACACAUCUCCUGAGCAAUGCGCCGACCUUUGCGCAGCUCAGAGUUAUGUGCAGCCUUUAUCAGAAAUUUACCGUUUCACUUCGCGUUUCAAUCUAGGUCACGCGUCUUAUUCGAGCCUGCCUAAACGCCUGUCUUACUUGCAUCCGCAAAACACUAUUUCAUUUCCCUCUGCCUCGAGUCCAUUGGUUUCCAUGGAUCAUUCUACUUCGAAUGUUCUCUCAUCACGCAUGCAUAUGUCUGUAUCUCUAGCCGAGGACCCUCCAGCGUCGCCUCUUAUCAUCAAGCCCACACCUUUGUACCCGGCGGCGUAUUCUCAACCGGAAAACCAGACAGCUACGGGAAGUUCUGUCUCCCCUAUCUAA